CUCAGAGAUGCUGCCUGUGGAUGACAGCCGAGCAGCCGCAGUGCCGAAGAAGUGUUGCCCCAACCUUCUUCUCCCACGAAGUCAUCCGAUAGAAAACAGGUGAAACAUUUCCCCACGAAGUUGACAAACUGCUGCUGCGUGUCGCUGCUUUUUAAGCGGCGAGCGGCGGUAACUCCAGUCGAGGUAACGGGACACUUGGCACUCGGAUGCGAUGACCGACUCGGCGGUGGACGACAAGGCGGAGGUCAAACAAGGCACUAAAUAUGUCAAGGAAACGGAAAACGUCGCGGAGAAAUACUCGGCGUUGACCGUGAGCAAGAACAGCAGCGACGUGAACAUGAACGUCGGCGAAAUGCCCUCCGCAGCCUUCACCGCAGUCCCCACGCUGAAAUCCGUCAAGAAGAUCCAGUUUGCUAACACGGAGGAUAAACAAGAAUUCAGCAAAUACCCAACCAAGGCAGGUCGCCGUUCCUUGUCUCGCUCCAUUUCACAGUCUUCCACAGACAGCUACAGCUCAGCUGCGUCCUACACUGACAGCUCUGAUGAUGAAACCUCACCUAGAGACAAAGCGCAGGUCAACACCCAGGGCAGCAAUGACUUCUGUGUUAAGAACAUCAAACAGGCUGAAUUUGGGCGACGUGAAAUUGAAAUUGCUGAGCAAGACAUGUCAGCCCUUAUUUCCUUGAGGAAGAGAGCUCAGGGGGAGAAGCCUCUGGCGGGGGCAAAGGUUGUAGGCUGUACUCAUAUCACAGCUCAGACGGCAGUACUGAUUGAGACACUGGUAGCUCUGGGGGCCCAGUGUCGCUGGACAGCCUGCAACAUCUACUCCACCCAGAAUGAAGUGGCUGCUGCUCUCGCUGAGACAGGAGUGCCCGUGUUUGCUUGGAAGGGUGAAUCAGAGGAUGACUUCUGGUGGUGCAUCGAUCGCUGUGUCAGCACUGAGUCCUGGCAGGCCAAUAUGAUUUUGGAUGAUGGCGGGGACUUAACACACUGGGUUUACAAGAAGUACCCCAGUGUGUUCAAGAAAGUGCGAGGCAUUGUUGAGGAGAGUGUCACAGGAGUUCAUAGACUGUACCAGCUGUCUAAGGCCGGCAAGCUGUGUGUCCCUGCGAUGAACGUGAACGACUCAGUCACCAAGCAGAAAUUCGACAACCUGUACUGCUGCCGUGAAUCUAUCCUGGACGGGUUGAAGAGGACAACAGAUAUAAUGUUUGGGGGCAAACAAGUGGUGGUGUGUGGUUAUGGAGAGGUAGGAAAAGGCUGCUGCACUGCUCUGAAAGCCUUGGGAGCCAUUGUGGUCAUCACAGAGAUUGACCCCAUCUGUGCCCUGCAGGCAUGUAUGGACGGCUUCAGAGUUGUCAAGCUGAGUGAAGUCAUCCGGCAGAUGGACGUGGUGAUAACUUGCACUGGUAACAAGAAUGUUGUCACCAGAGAACAGCUGGAUCGGAUGAAGAAUGGCUGUGUUGUCUGCAACAUGGGACAUUCCAACACUGAGAUUGAUGUGGCAAGUCUGCGCAGCCCCGAGCUGACCUGGGAGAGGGUGCGCUCGCAGGUGGACCACAUCAUCUGGCCUGAUGGAAAGAGAGUUGUGAUGCUUGCAGAGGGUCGCCUUCUGAAUCUGAGCUGCUCCACUGUGCCUACGUUUGUCUUGUCCAUCACUGCUACAACUCAGGCCCUGGCCCUGAUUGAGUUGUUCAAUGCUCCAGAGGGACGUUACAAGCAGGAUGUAUAUCUUCUGCCUAAGAAAAUGGAUGAAUAUGUGGCUAGUCUGCACCUCCCAAACUUUGACGCUCACCUGACUGAGCUCUCUGAUGAGCAGGCCAAGUACAUGGGCCUCAACAAGAAUGGCCCCUUCAAGCCUAAUUAUUACAGGUAUUAAUGAAACAGCCCGGUGGUGCUUUCCUGAAAUAACAAGAAAUGUCUAUUUUAUUUUACAAAUUGCUACCAAAUGGAGGAAUUAUUUUACUUAUGCUGGUUGUAAUUUACUAGCAUGUAAGCAAAUAUAGCUUUAAAAACUAAGCAGUACAGUAUGUUGUAUAAUCAGCUAACAUAUUACAAUGUCUUGUCAACUAUAUAAACAAAAAAAUUGCUUGCAUGCACUUAUUUGUUAGUACUGCUGGUUGCUACGGCUUUUUAUUUUUAUUUUUAUUUGUACACUUUGUGCCAAAUGCCAUAAGAAUGGAAUCCAGCCAGUGACGUAUGUUAUAUAUUACAUUCCAUGUGGGAAAGUCUGGACUGAGCCAAAACAAACGAAAUGUACAUUAUUUUAGCAAUAUUGUUGUUUUUAUGUGUUCAUGAUCCAUGUAAAUGGUAUUUGCAUACAUGCCCCAAAAAGGUACCAUCCAGUUACUUUAGUCUUUAUUACAACAAAUGAUAGUGAGGAUAUGUGACACUUGUUCUAUAAUGAUACAAACCCGAGACGCUAGGAGAAGCCUCACUGUGUGCCGUCCAUCUUCUGAGUCGUCCAAAAUAUGUACGGCUUCUCUUGGACAAGGUCAAAGCCAAUUUUAAUUUAAGCAACACAUAAAUAUGUUACAUUUAAAAACUCCUCACUAGGAGCAGUGCAGUUGAAUAGCAAAUGUGUAACUGAAUUGUACAUUUAAGGCCAUGAUAGGAUAUGAAUGACCUUUUAAAAACAUUUGUUAGCAUUGUUCCUAAUUAAAUGGAUGUUGAAUAAUUUCAAACAGCAUGCAUCUUGUCAGUGGUGCAUGUCCUUAACAUAAUAACUAAUGUUAGACGGCAUGUUUUUGCCAUCUGAUUGUCUUCAUUUGAACUUCUUAUGAUCAAAAUGCCUAAACUGUAUACAAAGUAGAGGAGAAUGCUUUCAAUCAGCAAUAAAG